AAAAAUCAAAGAGGAAGAGAUGGCGCCACGGCGGACGUCGUCGCGCUUAAGGGGUAUCGUGGCCGACAGCGAGGUCGCGAAGCGCAAGGCAGAGGAUGAAUACGCCGCAAUCAAGGAGGCGGAUCGCGCAAAGAGACAGCGCGUGAGUGACGCGUACAAUUUCAGCGAUAUCGUUGUCGCAGGCAAGGACUGGAACAAGAGCGGCAACUUUCUCUCUGUCGGUCCAGCCGAUCCGUAUGCGCGCACUUUCGACUACAAUGACGUGAAGGAAACAACCGACAAGGAGCUAAGAGCACUUCGCGAGCGCAUGAGCGGGUUGCAGCUAUGGGAGGACUUUGAGCCCAAUGAGAUCAAGAUUACGCCAGAGCGCAUUUACUCCAUGGCCCUGCACCCCACAACUGACAAGCCCCUGGUAUUUGCCGGCGACAAACUAGGAAACCUGGGCAUAUGCGAUGCUUCUCAGAAGGCUGCCGAGGUCAAAGUAGAGGACGACGAGGAUGCCGACAGGGAAGGCCCGACCAUUACAACCCUGAAGCCUCACACCCGGACAAUCCACACGUUCCAGUUCAAUCCUCACGAUGCAAACACGCUUUACUCGGCCUCAUAUGAUUCUACCGUCCGCAAAUUGGAUCUUGCCAAAGGGGUUGCAGUCGAGGUGUAUGCUCCUGCCGAUGCGAGAGAGGAAGCGCCGCUUUCUGGGCUCGAGAUAUCCAAGGACAGUCCAAACACGCUGUACUUUUCCACGCUAGACGGGCAAUUCGGCAUAUACGACCUGCGCACGCCGUCAGAGAAGGCUGCAGGCCUGCAAGUCUUCCAGCUGUCAGACAAGAAAAUUGGGGGCUUUACGCUCCAUCCGCUGCACCCACAUCUCGUGGCUACGGCUUCCUUGGACCGUACGCUCAAGAUCUGGGACCUACGCAAGAUUACAGGCAAAGGCGACGAUCGCUUGCCGACGCUUGUCGGAGAACAUACCAGCAAGUUGUCCGUCUCACACGCCGCGUGGAAUUCUGCUGGGCAGGUGGCUACAGCCUCGUAUGACGACACAAUCAAGAUUCACGAUUUCGGGAAUUGCGCGGAAUGGAAAGCCGGGACGAGCUUGGAAGAAGCGGAAAUGGAGCCGACGGUUGUCGUGCCGCAUAACAACCAGACGGGACGAUGGGUCACUAUAUUACGAGCCCAGUGGCAGCAGUUCCCCCAGGACAAUGUGCAGCGCUUCUGCAUUGGCAACAUGAACCGCUUCGUUGACAUUUACACGGCGAAAGGCGAGCAGCUGGCGCAGCUCGGGGGCGACGGCAUCACCGCAGUACCGGCAGUGGCAAAAUUCCAUCCUACGCUCGACUGGAUAGCAGCGGGCACGGCGAGUGGGAAGCUCUGCUUGUGGAUGUAGCACAUGUGCAUACAGUAUACAGAUGAUAUACCCCGGAGGCCAGCUAUUGUUAGAAGGUGUGAAUAACAGAUUCUCCGCUGCUGUCUAGCGCCU